AUGAAGACCGUCUUCGCCGCCCUUGUCAUCGCCCUCUUCGCUUCUUUCCUCCAGAUCUGCCCCGCUCCCAUCGGUGGCCUCGCCAGAAUCGGCACCCAACUCGUCAAGGGCGCCAUCGAUGCCGGCUCCGACAUCAACGAUGAAGUCCAGAACAACUCCCGUCGCAGCUUUUUAACCCUCGAAGGCGACCACUUUGACGAUCACGCCUACCUUGAGGCCCGUGGCGAUGACCCGUUCGCUGGUCUCCCCGAGCCCGCGGCCACCCAGUGCAAGAACCAGCUCAAGGACGUUACCGUCAGCUUCAAGUUUAACGGUAACAAUGUUGUUAUUGGCAAUGUGCCGGCAACUUGCAUGACUCUGGCGACUGUUUUCUUGGGUGACAACCCGGGUGCUCACGGUCCUAUUCCUAUGAGCUCCUCGAGCUUGAAGUACACCAACGUCGACCAGGGCGAUAUCCAGCAGCUGCGCAGCAUCAUGAAGCAAUAG